AUGAGUCAACCCGAUAAAAAAAUUAAGGAACCGAUAUGCCCGACGAUCAAAUUGGCAAGUACAAUAUAAUUAUGCCCAACAAAUUUGUAUUCGUCUUUAGCCUGAGCUAAUUCAAGGUGAACGAUUGAAGGGAGCCAAGGGAUCUUACAGAGUAGAGAAGAAACUGAAGGAUAUCGAGAAUUGUCGGAUUUAUCUGGUCUUUCUAAAUGAUGACAAAGAAAAUGAUAAAAAGAUGGAGGCUAAAAUUCAAACGAAGGGAGAAUCCUCGGGAUUCUGGAGACGAUUCAAGGUAGACGUCGUCAGUCUAAUAUAAUACUUGUUAGAAUGAGAUUGCAAUUCUCGAAGCCGCAAAGCGAUACGAAGAAAGAUGCCCGAACCUGGUCCACAUCCAGGAUAAAGGAGAGCUGAGGGAUAUUGAGUUCAUCAUCCUGCCCCACUUCUCUCACGACGUCGAGAAGUUAUACAAGUUCCUGGGAAAGUUCAAGUAAGUCUUCAGACUUUUGCAUUUGAUAAUAUCAGUCCCGAAGAGACGUAUAAGAUCUCAUAUCACAUGGCCGAGGGUCUCAGACAAUUACACGCGAUGGAUGUCUUCCAUGGAUACAUCCGUCUCGGCUGUUAUGUCGUCUCUGGCACCGAACAGAUCAAACUGACUGACUUUGGUCACUCUUACACCUCUCAGACAGAUCAAGAGUGAGUUUCAUCCUAUUAAAGUAAGGCAGUUUGUUCAGCCGUCCAAAAGAAAUUGAUGCCUAUAUAAAACCACAUGAAUAUUCUGCGAGAUGUGCCCACGUGAGCAUUAUGGGUGCUUAUAAAGAUGACCUCGAGAGUCUGGGUUACUGUAUUGCAUCAUUAUUACAUCGAAGGGCAUUGCCCUGGCGUCGUGCCCGACCUAAAUUAAUGCUGAAGCUAAAGAAAAAGUUUAUGAGUAAUCCCUCCGGUAAGCGUUGAUAAAUUUUCUUUUACCAAGCGGGCCAAAACUCUUGACAUGUUUGAACCGUGCGCCAUGGCGCGCCAUCGCCCAAAGAACUUCUCGCACGGCAACGAGCAAAAUUCACGGUGCGCGCCCACCGCGCACAGUGCGAAAUGAUUUGCUUUGAAAAGGGCAAUCAAAGCACAGUGCGCUUUCGUUUCGCAUCCGUUUGUCGCGCGAAGUUACCUCGCGACGCCGGCCGCACCGUGCGAAAACAUGUCAAGACUUUUUGACCCGCCUAGUAGAAUACUGUGCUUGGACAUACAUUACUGUACUUUUCAGAGAGUCUCGAAGCUGACAAAGUCCCACCGUCUUUCCACAAGAUCUUCAAUCUGGUCGAGACCACCAGAAGAGAUGAAAAGAUCAAUUUCAACGCGGUCUUUCAGAUCCUCGAUUCGUGUGCCUUAGAAAUGAAGGUGCCCCUCGAAUCCAAAGACAUUUAUUUUGGAAUGUUACAACGAAAACAGCCGUCAAAGGAGUACUCAGGCAGUCAUUCAAAGGAGACUUCUGGAGAUGAGACCAAGUCCAAAGACAAUUUAGAAUUAAAGGGUCCCUCACAAAACGUGAUCAAAGAUCCACCAAUUCCGCCCGGAAAGACGAAGCAUUAA